AAAAAAUACACACAGAACAGUCCUAACUUGUUCUAUUGUCCAGCAUGGCAGAGUGUGAGGAUAGUAGCAGCAGCUCAAGUUGUGACGAAGAGUUUGAAACAAUCAAGGCGGAAUGUGCUCCCGAAGAUGAGGGGAUUUUUGACCACCUCUCCAAACUCUCCAACAAGAUGGGGAAAGCUAACAAAGGCAAGAAGGCCAAGUCUUAUGAUGACAAUAAGAAGCAUUCUUAUGGAGGUCGUGACUAUAACGACCCCCAUGGUGUGAUGGAGUCUCUGGAGUUUCUGGCCAAACCUGAGAACAUGAAGAAGCUGAAGAAGAUGGGCAUGUUGGACAAGCUGGGGCCGCUGGCUGGGGUCUUGAAGGGAAUGAACAAGAAGAGCAGGGGAAAGGGAGGACGUGACUACGACUUUGACUGUCUGGGGGACAUAGGUCAGGGGUCUUGGGACCGGCCGAGUCGAGGACAUGGAGGGAAGCAUAAGCAUGGUAAACAUCGACGGCGCAAGCGCAGUGGGUCAGGGUCACGUUCUGGUUCCGGGUCAAGAUCAGGGUCAAGGUCAGGGUCAGGGUCACGUUCACCUGGAGGCCGUCACAAGCAUGGAAAGCAUGGCCGCCAUGGUAAACACGGCAAGCACGGGUCAAGAUCCCCCUCGCCUGGAGGCCGUCACGGCCAUGGCCACCAUGGAAAGCACGGUAAACAUGGCGGUAAACACGGCGGGCGUGGCGGAGGGAUGAAGUACCACAACCUGCACGGUCUGGGGAAGCUGCUGCACGGCGGAGGCGGCGGCUGUGAUGACGACUACAGCAGUGACGAUUACAGCGACUAGUGAUGACGUAGUGCACGACGACCGUAGUCGUCAUGGAUUUAUGUUGUCUAGUAGUUUCUAGGAGAUAUCCACAUCGCUGUUGCCGAU